AUUUUACACACACAGGCUAAAAUAUUUUUUUUUAGCAUUACAUGUUUUUUGGGUAUAGGCUAAUUACAUGUGUAUCGUAUUAAUUGUAACAGAUCCAUCUUUGGUGAUUUAAAUUUUACCAAAUUAAUUAACAGAUAAGUUACGCUAUGGCUAAAUCUGUCUCAAAGUCGGACAAGAAUAAUUAAAACGUUUUUAUAUACACGGCUAUGUUUACUAUAAAUUUUCAUUAUGGCGGACAAAUGUCUCCCGAAUAGUAUUGGCGUACGUGACGAUCGUAAUGUAUGUCAGUUAUGCGGUAAACUAGAAAAUUUAUCAUUAUGCUCUGGUUGCCGUGAUACUUGGUAUUGCUGCAGAGAACACCAAAAGGCAGAUUGGAAAAAACAUAAAGGUGCUUGCAAGGAAAAAACUUUAAAAGUCAAAGAAUCCAAUCAUGAUAAUGAUGGAAAUCAACUUGUCAACUCAAAUGCAAGGGAUGGAAAACAAUUUGCCCCAAAUAGAUUAAAAGAGGACAUAUGUGAAUGUUGUGCAGUUGAGAAAAUAACAAUGAAGGAAGAAAAUGUGUCAAGUGUAAAACAAAAAAAUGGAAAUAAAUGUAUAAAUUGUAAACAAACUGCCAGUCAAUCAAGUAAAGUUAAUGAAAGUAGGCCUAGGUCUACAAUGUCACAGAGCCAAAAAUCACAUACCAAACCAGAGAGUUCACAAAUAAAUUCUGCUUGGCUUAAUAAUGAUGGUGUACGACAGGAGAGCAAAAACGAACCCCAUCAACCAAAAGCAGAGAUAGACAAUUCUGAGACCUAUGUUACUGUUUUAAAAUCACGUACAGAUGUGCUUUCUAAGUAUGUGAUAGAUUGUCUCAAUAAAUAUGGUAUUUGUGUGAUUGACAAUUUCAUUGGGGAUUCCAAAGGUACAGAAGUUCUUGAAGAGGUGAUUAAAUUGAGGUCAUCUGGAGUUUUCACUGAAGGCCAAUUAGUUAACUCGACUACCAAUUCCACACAAGAAAUUAGAGGUGAUGUUCUAACAUGGGUAGAUGGGCGUGAAGCUGGAUGCAGCAAUAUCCACUUUCUGAUAUCUUCUAUGGAUGACGUAAUCUUGCGAUGUGCAGGAAAGCUUCAACAAUAUAAUAUCAAUGAAAGAACAAAGGCAAUGGUAGCAUGUUAUCCGGGUAAGGAAACAGGCUAUGUACGUCAUGUUGAUAAUCCGAAUAAUGAUGGUCGCUGCGUUACAUGUAUUUACUAUCUUAAUAAAGACUGGGAUGUAACUAAACAUGGUGGUAUGUUGACGAUAUAUCCAGAAGGUCAAGAUCAAGUGGCAAACAUUGAACCAAUAUUUGAUAGGUUAUUAUUUUUCUGGGCAGACCGGAGAAAUCCCCACGAAGUUCGGCCAGCACAAAGAGAAAGAUAUGCUAUUACUGUUUGGUAUUAUGAUAAAGAGGAACGAGCUGAAGCUUUGAAGCAGACUAAAGGUCAGAAUCCCAGGAAAGUUGCUAUACCUCUUAUUAAAAAUGCUACUGGUAAUGGAAAAUGAAGAAAUGUUGGUCUAGUCUUAGAGAGUAUGUUAUAUAGAUACCGGUGUAUAUGAUUUGAAUGGAAAAUUGAUUUUUUUUUUCAGAUUAUUUACUGUGAAUCUUCUUUCUUUUUAAUUUAUCUAAUUGAACAAAAAAUCAAAAUGUUUGCUGUUGAUAUUGAAUUAAAUUUGCCACAAAAUAGGCCUAUCGUAUAGUAUUGAAAAUAAAUGUGUGUUGCAAUGAUACAAGAUUUAUUUCCCUCACAUCUGAAUCAUGCAGUUGCUGUACAUUCUUCAUCUGUUAUUCCCUCAUCAUAUUUUCAUUAUCUUGGUGUAUAAAGGAAGGAAAAAGAACAAUUGCUUUACGAGCAAGCAUAAUCCUUUUAUCCUGGAGCAGUUAGUACAGUGAAAGUAAGAAAAACACUGGCACAGAAGAAUUUACUUUGACUUUAAAUUUCAUGUGAACAAUGGAAUAUUGACAUUGUUUUAUUUCUUGUUGACAUUGUGGUCCCUGUUUAAUAAGCGAUUACUCUGGCUUAAACAGAGUUUAUUUCUCGAUAUAAUAAUAUAAUUCUGUGACACAAUAAUUAAAUCUGAAUACCCAUGAAUCAGAAAUUACUUGUGGCGGGCCAAUACCAUGUUCAAACUUAUUUAUAAUUCCAUUUUCACACAAUCAAAAAUCUAAAACAAUAUCUGAUAGCAUUAGGUUUGGAGUAUUGAACCUUUGAAUAUCAUUUUCAGGUGGACAUAUUUUGUCGUUGCGCCUGUCUGGACCGAAACUGCCGGACAAAAUGGCUGCAAAUAGUGUAAAAGUAUGUAAUACCAAGAUUGUGGACCCUCUAGAGGUCACUAUGUGUAUCCGAUUCUGAUGAAACUUAAAAUAUGGGUUUUUAUCCCACAGAUCUUGGUUCCUAUUGAUAUUGCUGAAUAUCGACUGUAAAUUCCUGGAUUAUGGCCCCUGAUUGUACGAAAAAUCAUGUUUUAGCUUGUGGUUCCUCUUUUGAACUGAUUCAGUUAUGUUCUGGAAUUGCUCCCUGUUUAAAAGACAACUUCAACAUCCCAUAGACUUUACAUAAUAGGUUAGAAUAGGUUAAACAAUAUAUAACCGUUACACCUUCAAGACGGUUAGAGUUCAAAUUUUGUGAAAAUUGGAUUGAAAAUGCCCAAUAGAAUGUAAAAGUAUGUAAUACCAAGGCUGGGGUAUUAGUGGUCCCAGUUUUUAUCCCAUUUUGAUGAUAAUGUUCAUUACUCAAAGAUCUUGGUUCCUUUUGAUACUGAUGCAUGUCGGACUGUAACCUCCUGCACUGUGGCCCCUUAUUGUACGAAAAUCGCUUUUUUAGCUUAUUUUCUGUCCAUCUCUUGCAAUAUGUGGGUGUAUCUUGCAUGGCAACGGCUUGUUCAAAUUUUUAUGAGUUACCAGGUUUAUAUAUGGACCCACAGAAUGUCUAACUGGAAAAACAGGUUUAAGGUCCAAUAAGCAAAUUCUUCAUAUCAUUUUAACACUAAGGUCUUUGUUGUGGUUGAUCCAUGACCUUAAUCUGCAAAUUUUCAGAUGUGAAGCAUAUAUAACAAACUUGUUGUUAAUAACUGAAAUAGAGAGUGGUAAUGUGUAGUGACAAACUUGUUAUUAUUGACUGAAGUAGAGAUUGGUAAUGUGUAGAUAACAUAACUAUUGUUGUUAUUGACUAAAUUAGAAUCUAGAGAGUGGUUCCUACCACCAUGAAUUCUAUUGUUGUUAUUGACUGAAGUUGGGAGUGGUUCCUGCCACCAACACUUCUAUUGUUAUUGACUAAAGUAGAGAGUGGUUCCUGCCACCAAUACUUCUAUUGUUGUUACUGACUAAAGUAGAGAGUGGUUCCUGUCACCAACACUUCUAUUGUUAUUGACUAAAGUAGAGAGUGGUUCCUGCCACCAAUACUUCUAUUGUUGUUACUGACUAAAGUAGAGUGGUUCCUGUCACCAAGACUUCUAUAGUUGUUACUGACUAAAGUAGAGAGUGGUUCCUGCCACCAAGACUACUAUAGUUAUUUUUGACUGAAGUAGGGGAGUGGUUGCUGCCAUCAAGACUUAGUUCUACAGCUAUCUACUUAUUUUGAUCAAUAACAACUGAUUUGUUAUUGACAUACCAAAUAUGGAAUUUGAGAGUUACGGCCAUGGAUCAACCACAGCAAAGAUAUUUAUUUUAGAAUUAUAUUUGGAGUCUGUUUAACCUAUUCUAACCUAUUAUGUAAAGUCUAUGGGAUGUUGAAGUUGUCUUUUAAACAGGGAGCAAUUCCAGAACAUAACUGAAUCAGUUCAAAAUUUUAUCUUUGGCCGCUUGAUUGGCUUGUCAAAUAUAGUGUCGGCACAGAGAAACAUGAAAAAAUGGAUGAAGUAGUUCCUAUCCUUUAUCAAUAUUACUUUGUUGUGUGGAUGACACCACCUUUAUUUGGAAUGUUGGAACUUGUGACAAGGGAUUGACAAUAAUUUUAAAACAUGAUUUGUAUUGUGACAUGGUAGGAAACCAAUUUUAUUAAUGUUUGAUUUUAUAAUGCAUGUUUAUCAAUAUUUUAGCUAGUUCUUAGUUAAUAUUAGAGCUCAAAACAUUAAGACAAUUAAUGGCAGUUCUGUAUAAGAAUUAAGUUAUGGGGAAAUUUGUAAGGCAAUGAGACUGGAUAGGUUUUCAAAAGCUAUAUGUUAAUAAAUAUUGUGGUUUCUUCAAAAGAACACAGUGUUUUGGAUUGUGUUACUAUGUGUAUGUGUUAUGGCAUUAUUUUUUGUAUUUGAAUUAAAUGAGUGUGCGAUUUUACCAAGAUAUGAUAGAAUGUAUUAAAUGAGUUUUCGAAUGUAACUAAUUGUUAUAGGUUGUUAAAUCUAUGCUUGUUUUAUUUUGUUGUGAUAAUUAUUUAAUUAUGAUACAAUUUGUUGGAUUUCUGAUUUUAUAAUCUGAAAUGGUGUAGGACAGGUGAAGGAGAAAAUAGUAUGUUGGAAUGAGAAUAAUACAUUUAGAAAAAUGACCCCAAACAGUAUUGGUCUAAAAAGAGAGAAAAUUUUAAGAUGUGGAAAUUUGAGAAUCCAAAUUAAAUAUUAGAUGAGUAAAUUGCAAAACAUAUUUAUUUAGAUUUAUUAAUUGUUCUUCGGCUAAAAGCCUUCAUUCUGUUUAAUUACAUGAACAAGUUAAUAAAUAUAUGAAAAGUUAACAAAUUAGACAAUUUUUGACUUUUUAGUAAAAAGUGGGCAAUGGUAAACCUCAUUCAGAGGUUAUAUACUCUUAAAGGCUCAAUACCACUCUUGUUGUAACUGAAUAAUAUGUCCCAAUCUUUAUUCUGGUCAACAAAUUGUACUAUUGUAGACUAUUUAAAUUAAUUGAUGAUAUAAAUUUUAUCUUUACACACCUUAUUUAAAAAUUUUGAAAAAUUCAACAUAAUGGUUUGAAAGGUCUAACGUAAACCUUUUCAAAUGAAACUUCGAUAUUAUUUAUUUUCUGGAGCUUUCAAGCCAGCAAGAGUGUUAUUGUCCCUUUAAGGCUGCAUUAAUUAUUAUAAUAGCAGUGAUUCUCAACCUGUGUGCCGCGAGAUCUUCCUAAGUGUGCCGCAAAUUUUGAACGGCACACUAAGAAAAUGCGAAAAACCAUGUGAUCCCAAUUGAGUAUUCACUGAUGUAACGGAUAAGUUCAUAGCUUUUUUUUUGCUUUAUUUAGUUUGAGCCAUUCUAUGCGGGUAUGACUAGUCUCUGUCUACGGUUGUAUGCCGUCUGAUUUACCAUGUUUUUAUUUUGCAAAAUUCAAAUAUUUUUCAUAUACAUUUAGCCAAGUCUGCCGCUAUUUUUUCAUGUGUUCCAAGGUGUGCUGUUGGCAAAAAGUGGUUGAGAACCACUGCACUAUAAACUCAUAAAUAGGCAAUCAAUUGUAUAAUAUCAAAUUAUUUUUAUACCAAUCUUAAUGUUAUGAAAUAAAUCUUAUUGUAAAAUC